CUGGUCAAACGAGCUGGUACGCGCACAUUGCUGACCAGGGCUAGCUAUCGGCAUCUUCCGCACUCGUGCGGUCGGCACGAGAGCGAUGCUUGCCUUAAUUGCAGCUUGCACUGUGCUCAGCGCCAGCGCGCUGCUGCAGCCACCGCGUCGCACCCGUUACGCGAGCGCGCUGCGCGCUGGCGCCGGCCCGCCGCAGUACGACAAGAUCGAUGCGACGCUCGUCGCAAACGAGGUGGUCGGGCGCGCCACCAAUUUGCUGCGGCUCGAGAGCGACGCGCCGCUGGACUACAAAGCCGGCCACGUGCUGGCGCUGGAGGUUGAAAAGGACGACGAGUGGCUGCGUGGUCCGUACACCGUGACGCGAGCGACGGAGAAGACUUUUGACGUGGUGAUCCGCGUGUGCGGGAACAAGAGCGAAGUCAUGGCCGCGUCGCCCGUCGGAUCGCGGUGGCGCUUUGGCGGCAAGUUCCACGUACCCAUUCUCGAGGGCAUCGCGGACCGCGCGUCGCGCGUCGUGUGCCUCGCUACUGGCACUGGAUUCGGGCCAGUGCUCGGCUUCGCGGAGGAGGCGAUGGCUCAUUCGGACCUGAAACUGACGGUUCUCGCUGGGUUCAGAGAGGCGGAGGACGUGUGUUGCAAGGACGCUGUGCAGCGGCUCUGCGUGCUGCAUCCGGAGCGCUUCGAAUGCGCGUACGUCAUCUCCUCCACCGACGGACGCAUCUCAUCAGACACAGCGCUCGCAUCCAUAGCGGACAUUGCCGACGCCGAGACGCAUUUCCACUUGAUUGGGAACGGGGCGAUGGUGAACGAGUGGAAGGAAGGCCUCGCGAAGGCUGGUGUGCCCGAGGACUUUGUCACGACCGAGACUUAUUUCAACCACAAGGCGGAGGCGGACGCCGAGGUCGUCAAGCGCAUCUCCACGAAAAUUGCUGCUGGCCGGUAGAUGGCGUGCUACUAAUGUGUUGUAUAGGG